UAUUUAUUUCUUCACCUAUUCAAUAUAUCGACACGUUGGUUGCACCGAAUAAAAAUACCUGACAGUCAAAUUUGUAAUGUAUGUUAUUAUUUGCUUACCGAUAGAAGAUUAGUGAAACGAAAGAGCUAGGGCACAGCUCUCGAGGGACUUUUAGUCGAUAGAUUCUACGGCACCAGUAGUAGUUCUUGUGGAGGCCUCAGCCAGUUUUAUGGAAGCAAUAAAAACUCAUUUUCCAGAACCAAGUAAUAGAUGACCUAGUUGACGUGUCUUUUCCACGAAGCUCCGCACUAACUUUGACGAUGUUUUACUACAGUGUGCGCUGCAGUUGUCAUUAGCAACAAUUCGAUACAAAGUCACACAUAUUGCAAAACAUUCAGUCGGCAACUUUACUUUAAACUGCUCAGUCGCUAGCUCGUCAGACGAAUCGUCGUCGCUUUUUUAAAUACAUCAAAGACCUUUAGAGUUUCAAAACAUUUCUUAUCUUUAAUUCUACAGCAUUCAUUUUCAAAAUUAAUCAUCAACAGAUAAAUAAUGUGGCUGAUUAGAAUUAUUUUAUACUGCUGUUGCGUAUUUACUGGUCACUUUUCAAAUGGAAGCAGCAUUCACAGUUCAGAAAUCAAAUCACACCUUAUCAAUCAUGCGAUGGAAUUGAUUGAUAGAGUUUUUGCAAAUAAUUCUAACCCACUGAUAAUAUCUUCUGACUUACUUGAUGACCAAGUGUCAAGCGGGAGUAUUGAUAAUGGAAGCCCGCUGAUUGUCAUAAAUGGUGAUCAGAGAUGGAAGCAAAUCGAAGGAUAUCUUCCCACCUAUCCUACGUACAUCCUCAAAUUUGAAUCUCUUCAUAAACUGAUACCACUCAUCUUUGGGUUCAUGCGCUCAACAAUCUGGAACAUAAAGUCACCAGUAUUCGUUCUCGAUAUUUCUGAAGGGACGCAUGAUAGAAACGCUGAUAGGGUUCUUGCAUUCCUUGGAAGCCUCGAUAUUUUUUUAUCAUACUAUAGUUGUUAUGAUGACAAAAAAGAUUCAACUAUGGUCUACACUCUAAAUCCUUACACACAAUACGCUCCGUCACCUUGGAAUCGAGUUAAAGCCCUGAAUGCGAAUAACAAUAGUAAAACAAACAUGACACUAUACAGUCUGCAGUAUCCGAAAGGUAAUCAUCAAGUUUAUCAAUAUCAUUUACGAUAAUUAGCCAAUGUAUCGCUGAUCUAAUUACAGUAAACUCCCUCUAAAGUUACUCACUCUGAAGAUUCUAGUUUUUCAAAGAUUGCAGGAUACAUUAGUUAAAUAUGCGUACUUAUUUUUCUACCCUGUGUCUUAAAUGGUGUAUUAUAAUCGAGAGGUGGAGUGUACCUUUAAAAUGUAUGUCGAAGCUUGUAUUUUAUUAUCGCGCAUUCAGAAUGCGAGUCGGGGAAUAAGUACGCAUAGUGAGGAUCAG